AUGCACUUGACUGCUUUCUUCACCCUCCUACUUGUGUCUCUCGUGGCCGCCCGAGAGUCAGCAAAUGUCUACUCCUCCGACCCAAACAUCUACGAGCUCACGCCCCUGAACUUCGACAAAGUUGUCCACAGAUCCAACUACACCUCCAUAGUCAAGUUCUACGCUCCCUGGUGUGGCUACUGCAAGCAAUUGCUGCCCAUCUGGCACAAAUUGGCCAAGUUUCUACAUAGAGAUGGCAAGUACGGAGUCAAUGUUGCUGCGGUGAACUGUGACUCCGACAUCAACAAGCCCUUGUGUGCUUCCUACAGAGUGCAAGGGUUCCCCACGCUUAUGGUGUUCCGUCCGCCCAAAUGGGCCCCUGGCCAAGCGCUGCUGACUUCAAGACACGUCGCUGAGCCUUAUCAGGGCCAGAGAACGUUGAAGGCGAUGGCUGACUUUGCGCUGAACAGAAUCAAGAACUAUGUGCUGAGGAUUCAUGGGUUGAAAUCGCUUCCUGAGUUUGUCAAGGGAGACGGACCCAGAGUAGUGCUUAUGCUGAAGAAUUCGAAUAUUUCGCCCAUGUAUAAGACGAUGGCCAUUGAUUUCCUCUCGACGGUGAAUUUUGGGUACUUGAAGAUGAACGCUGCUGAGCCUGCCACGGUGACUAUUGACGGGAAGAGCGUCCAGUUGCCUAUUGAGGAGGGUGAUACCUUGCCUAUAUUGAUGUUCUGGGAUGAGAAAACACAAUCGUUUGUGAGGUACGACAAAGGGAAGCUCAAUAACAAGCACGAAUUGGAGAAGUGGGUGAUGAAGAUCACGGGAAUAAAGCCAAGUGAGGGUGGGCUCUCAAAAAGAGAGAAGAAGUACUACGCCAAGUAUAGAGGAGACACCAGGGACGUUGCACACGACGAGCUCUAG